AUGGACAGCGGCGCGCACAAAUUGCUAGAGUCUGCAACCCAAAGGACUCUUCAUGCCCAUGCAUUUUCGCGCUCAUCCACUCAGGCAUCUCUGGUCCUGACAGACCUGCUCUCGCGAUACUUGGCUCUCCUCGUCUCAACGUCCACAAAAUAUGCUCAGCAUGCAGGAAGGACCAAACUAUCUGUUCGGGAUAUCGUUGGCGCAUUAGAUGAACUAGGUGUCGGCUUGGACGAGCUUAGUGACUACACCUCUUCAGAGGCCAAAGAGCUCAAUCGUUAUGCUCUUUAUUCUGCCCGCAGAGUUGAGGAUUUGAUGGAAUUCAAAUCACAACUGUUGGACGGAUUACGACAGGAUCGCGAUGACGCGAUCCCUUUAGAAUACACGCGUUACACGACACCUCCUCUCGACUCUAGUGACGACGAAGAGGGAAGCGAAGAUGACGAAAAUGACAUGGAUGUCGAUGAACCUCCAGCGCUUUGGUCAACAGGACCUUCAGGUCGCAAAAGACGACCAUCCAUACCUCCCUUGUCGCCCUCUCCUAUAUCAAACCCUUCUCCUCCUCUACGAAAACGACCACGGACGUCCAGUUGGCAGCCUCCAUCUCACAUACCAGACUUUCUCCCACCUUUUCCAACGGCCGACGCGCCUUCGACGCCAGAACUACACCAUACACCACACACUACACAGUCUCUCGAACCUCCUCCUUCACUAGUGGAAAAUGUGAAGAUAGAAAAACCACCACUGACCCUUUCUCAGCCCAUCACAUCUUCAGCAGCUUCUGAUAUCCUUGUACAAGUACCUUACUCGCAGUCCACCCUCUCCGCCGUCCCAGAAUGGCACCUACCCUCAUCUGCACCUCCAGCAGCCCUUCCACAACAAAAUAGACCUCCGCGAUUGCCAGGCUUGCUGACAGAGCCUUCUCUUUUCGCAGCAUAUCACCAUAUUUUAACACACCCACCACCUGCUGUUCCCCCAACGUCAAACCCCGCAAGGCACAGAGUUGCCAUGGCCCUUCUUCAUCAGACGCAGACAACACCCCGCUGGGAGCCUGCUGACACGCUCUAUGCCAGUGUCGGACCAUGUCCGCCUCGAGUGGCAGUCAUCGGGCCAUCGUACCCGAUUGCCAUCGACGCUAAAGGCGAGGGUAAAGAUAAAGACGUCAAGUUUCCUCCCACAAUGUCGCGCCCUGUGUCAGCAAGUGAACGCUUGACUCCGUUGAUCAGCCAGCAAGUCUCCCGAAUACCAGAUCUUGCGCGACACGUUCUCCCGCCUACCAUCUUAGCGCGCACAAGCAGACUGACUCAUCCACCAAUUCUCCAUCGUGGAACUAAGCCGCUUACUUACGGAAAUGGCAUACCGGCUCCAUGGAACGCCAACGUAAUCCCAUCCGUCGACGCCGUCCCACCAACACCGCUCGCCACCAAACUCAAGGAUGCACCACAAACGAAUGGAAAAGAGGCUCCACCGAAGCCCGUCCUUCCCGAUGCGCGGUUAUACGCUACAUGGGAUUACGAGCCCAAAGACUUCAAAGUUCCGCUGGCUCCAACACGUACCAGAACCAGACUGGGGAGCAUCCACCACGGAGGUGGAAGUAUGAUAUUGCCUGCUGUUUCAAGGAGCAAAGGGACAAAAUGA